GGCUCGCUCUCGCUGAUCGGUUUUCAGUAUAUAUUGGUGUGCGAUUGAUAAACACCAACAAAAACGAAAAGAGCACCGUCCACCUCGCACCGGCUCCUAGGUUCAAGUUAGGUGUCCGGUCAUUUUAGAAUUCUUUUUUACCUUCUUUCUUUCUUUCUGUCCAUUCCUAAUCAUUGAUUACUCGUUACCCUGAAGUAAAUUUAUCUGUAAAACUCAGCGACUACACCACCCGCCAAGAUGGCUAAUUUGUUUAUGACACAGCUUCGGAUGUUGAUAAAAAGAAAUUUCUAUAUAAGAAUUCGUGAAAAGAAAAUGCUUAUUAUGGAUAUUAUCUCUCCUGUCAUUUACAUGGUGGCUCUAAUUGCUAUCAUGAAAUUGGUUCGGCCGAAAGUUCUUCCGGCGAUGCCAAUUUCAAAACCAGCUCCAGUCACACCGGCAGAAUUCGAGAAUAUUCUAUACACGCCAAACACGAAUGAAACAAGAACUAUCAUAGAAAGCCUUAACCAGACAAUUGGGAAGAAUACAAGUUAUACUCCCGCGGAUAACAUCGAUGAUAUGGUGCAGAAAUAUAAAGAGCUACAAGGCAAAACAGUGGGAGUAGUGUUUGAUAACCUCAACAGCAGUACCAAAGUUACGUAUUCUCUCCGCUUUCCCGAUAGCAUGGUCCCAGAUAAAACGACUGGUGUAUUUGUCGAUGAAGAUCAAUGCCCGGCGUUGGGAGAAUGUCAAGCGACUAAAUAUGUGUCUUCAGGCUAUAUCUUUCUACAGAAUACUUUAGAUGGAAUUCUAUCAGAGAAAUUGAACCCAAACAUUAACCUGACGUCUCCUAUAAUGUUGAUGCAGAUGAUGCCAAAGAGGGUUUUCCACCAAAACCCCACCACAAUCCUUAGUCUUACAUCAAUCUAUUUUAUUGUCGCUUUUCUCAGCUUCAUCAAUUCCCUCUGUACUCAUCUGGUUGUUGAGAAAGAGAAGAAAAUCCGACCCACAAUGCAAGCGAUGGGCUUACAGGAAACGGCAUUUUGGUUGUCGUGGGCCAUUGUACAAUACUUUUUCACCACCUGCGUGGUGGUCAUCUCCACCAUCAUCAUCGUGGCUAUCAAUGUCUUACCAAACAGCAACGUCUUUCUCUUCUUCUUAGCCCUCAUGUUCUUCACGUUGACCCUUAUCACGCUCUCUUUCCUAAUGUCAACUUUUUUCAAGAAAUCCCAAAUGGCAAUGACAUUGCCUGCAUUCUACAUUUUCUUGGUUACGUUGAUCUACCUCGCUGUUGGACUGACAAGAACCUACAGCGCAUCGGCUGGUUUGAUCUACACAACACCAUUGUGGGCGAUGGUGCUGCUCUGUCUCGUGUCACCCAUUGCAUUCGCUCUGUAUGUUGACAACGUAAGUAAUAUUCUACUGUAUAUCACCAUGACCAUCAUCAAGAUCUCGAUCAUCGUCGUCAUCAUCAUCAAUGUCAUCAUCGUCAUCAUCAUUGUCAUCAUCAUCAUCGUCGUCAUCAUCGUCAGUGUCGUCCUCACUUUUUAUUUGUCAGGUGACUUCAAACGCGCCAUGCAUCCGUGUUUCUGUCUGUUCCCAUCGUAUUGGAGGAAAUCGAAGAUUAAAUCUGGAAUUGACAAUCCAAACUUUGACAUGGAAUUCAACGUAGAUAUCAAAGAAAAUGUUGAAAGAGUACCACAAGAAUUCGACUCGAAAGUUGGAAUUAGAAUUAUGCGCCUUUUCAAGAGUUUCAAAACUACCAAAGAAACAAUAACAGCUGUUGAUAACAUCAGUUUGAAUCUGUACGAAGACGAGAUCACAUGUUUGUUAGGUCACAAUGGCGCUGGCAAAACGACCCUCAUAAAUAUGUUAGCAGGUUUUCUGAAACCUGAUUCUGGUCAUGCCAUGAUAUAUGGAUAUGAUGUUGCUAAUGCUGACAACCUUGACCAACUUAAAACAAUGAUCGGAUUGUGUCCCCAGGAAAACAUAAUCCACGAUCAUCUGACAUGUAAAGAAAACCUAAGAACCUUUGCUGCAUUGAAAGGGUUUUCAGCAGCAGAAAUCGAAGAUGAGGUUGAUUCACUGCUGAAAGAUUUGAAUCUUACGGAAAAAGCCGACGUGUUUUCAAAGAAUCUCAGUGGAGGACAAAAGCGUAAGCUUUCUGUUGGAAUGGCUUUCAUCGGAAGACCAAAGAUAAUAUUUCUUGAUGAACCUACAGCUGGAGUUGAUCCCUUGUCCCGAAGGAACAUGUGGGAACUAUUGAAGAAAUACAAGAAAAACCACUGCAUUCUAUUGACCACUCACUUUAUGGACGAAGCUGAUAUCCUUUCAGAUCGAAAAGCCAUCAUCAGCAAGGGGAAGCUCCAGUGUUAUGGUUCGUCUCUAUUCCUGAAAUAUAACUAUGGAAUAGGAUACCAUUUGAACAUUCAUCUCACGACAUCAAUGUUUACAUCUUCCCCGCACCCUGAGGACAAAAUAAAUAGCAUUUUAAUGAUUCUAUUUUCAGAUAUACUACGAUCUCUAGAAGAAAAAGAAAACGGCGUCACGAAAGCCGAAAAUCUCGGCAUCAAAAGCUAUGGCGUUUCUAUGACAACACUUGAAGAUGUUUUCUUCCAAAUUGGUCAAGAAGAGACAGUAAAAGAAAGUAGUGAAGAGCCGGAUGACAGCAACGAGCUUGCACCUAUGGCCAAUGCGGCAUCUGUGCCUCAUGUGAAUUACGUGAAAAAUGCUAAUUUUCAAAGAUAUACCGGUCUUUUGAAAGUGUUUUUUUUUAAUCAUGUAAGACAUCCACUGUUUGUAGUAUUUGGAAUGUUGUUACCAAACCUCCUUGUUCUUGUAAGUAUUCUGCUCAACAAAUAUAUGGAUUCCAGCGAUAACGAAAACAAGCCCGUCCAACUCGACAUCACAUCUUUGCUUUAUGACUACGCCGGCUUAGCGCAAUCAUCGACAAAACCGCAAUUUUUAAUUUACAAUACAACGACUGCUGAUGCAGACAUAAACAAUGUGACCGAACACAUCGGUCACGUGGUCUCCAUCAACCGAACUAACGUUGAUCUUCUUACAGUGGCCCCUCACUAUAUCGGAAGCAAUUUCCAUUGGGUUUCAAAUCAAACGCUUGCGGCAGAUCAACUCGCAAACACAGCCAUCUUUAAUUCCACAGCAGUCCAUGCUAUUCCAACAAUUGCCAAUUUUAUUACAAAUACUCUGCUGAAUAUGGGAGGAAAUUUACCAGUCUUCAACAUCAGCACCAACAAUUGGCCGUGGCCAAAAUUAAGAAAUACUGCUGCCGUCAGUGGUAAAACUUUCGCAACGGUCUACGUUUUAUCAUUUGCAUUCCUUGUUUUAUCGAAUGGAGCUGGAAUACAGGUUGUAAAAGACUAUGAGUUUAAUAUCCGAAGCCAACUCCGAGUGUCAGGAAUAUCAAAUUCCAUCUACUGGGCUGCCAAAAGAACUCUUGAUCUGGGCAAUGCUCUGAUACCCGUAAUCUUUCUUCUAAUUAUAAUUCUUGCUUUCCAGGUUGACAACCUAAACAGUGCUGGGUCGAUCAUCUGUUUGAUGCUCAUAUGUUUCACGUACACCGCGUGCAACCAACAAUUCAGCUACAUCUUAUCUUACGCGUUUAAGAAUUUUGAAAGCUGUCAGUCCGUUUCACCGAAUUUAUCCUCAACGAGAGAUAGUUCAACACAGACGAAAGCGUCAUUGAUUGGUGUCAGAGAGCUUAGCAUAAAAACCACGUUGACUGCACCUGACUGUUUCUGCCACCGCUGUAAUAUAUCUUCGUCAUUUUGUUCUUUGUGUUGUUUGUUAUUUUUCUUCACAUUUAUUUCGAUUUCUUUUCUUAUGCAGGUUCAAAUGAAUUACAACUUUGAAAAUAAAACGGUCGAUGUGGCGGCCCCGAUAGAAGACUUUUUCAAAUGGGAUAAUAUGGUUUUAUACUCCAUACUCAUUACGAUAUUUCACCUUAUAUGGAUGCCGUUUCUGAUAAACGCUUUAGAUAUAUGGAAAGCCACUGGGAAACUUAGGCUAGCGUUUGGUUUGAAGCCACUUCCGAUCUCGUACGACGCAUUGAAUGAUAGCACGGCUGAGGAAAAUGAAGAUGUUUUGGAAGAAAGACAACGCGUGGACAACAUAGUUAAGAAGAAAGAGUUUCCAAUGGCUACAGUGCAGAAAAUCAGCAAGAUCUUCGGCCAACCCGAUCAUUUAUGCUUUAAAAGUAAGAAAGCACACAAGAACAUGAAAGUGGCCGUGAAUGACGUUAGCUUUUGCGUAAAGGGCGGAGAAGUUCUCGGUCUUUUGGGACCGAACGGUGCUGGUAAGACCACAUGCAUUUCCAUGAUGUCAGGCGAAUUGGGAAUUGACAAAGGAAAGAUAUUCAUCCGAGAUCAAAACCGCGAGGAAGAGUUUUUCAGUGAGAUAAUUGGGUUUUGCCCUCAACACGAUGCUUUGUUCCCUCUGUCAACCCUCAGGGAACAAAUCCAGUGUUAUGCUGAAAUACGGGGGAUUUGCAAAGAGGAUAUUAAUACUAUUGUGGAUUAUUAUUUAGAAACGAUGAAUAUCAAAGAACACGCCAAUAAUUACACAUCUAAAUUGUCUGGUGGAACCAAACGGAAGACAAGUUAUAUCAUGAGCAUGAUAGGUAAUCCACAUUUUGUCUUGUUUGAUGAACCUUCGACUGGAAUGGACCCGAAAUCAAAACGUUUUAUGUGGGACAUCAUUAGUUCUAACUUCCAAGAUUCUUCAAAAGGAGCCAUUUUAACCACCCACUACAUGGAGGAAGCAGAUACUCUUUGUUCGAGAGUUGCCAUUAUUGUCAAUGGAAGAGUGCAAUGUGUCGGCUCCACACAACAACUGAAAGAGAAAUACGGUCAGGGAUAUCAACUGGAAGUGAAACUAAACGUAGAAAACCAAUCAGACAUCGACAAAAGUUUCAAGAAACUGGAAGACCAUUUGCUUACAUUGUUCCCGUCAAUGACAACAGCCGAAGCCAUUACAGAACGAAGGACGUACAAAAUCCCCUCAAACGAAGCUGCGCCGUUAUCGGAGUCAUUUGCUAUGUUACAAGAAGGUAAUUUUAAGCGUUUUCUCUCACUCCCUAUGUCUGUCUGUCUGUUUAUCAUUUCUUUUAAAUCAUUUUGUUUUGUGAUUUUUGUUCAGUAUGCUUAUGGGUCUUUCUUGACUCUAAAGAGGCAAACAUCACAUGAUACGGCCACACCCAGGUAUCUGGAGAUUUAA